AUGGAAACGUCUCUUUUAAUGCCCGGCCGCGGCCGCAGCGCGAGCGACGAGGGAUCCCGACCGGCCCGCUCACGCACCACAUGCCUCCGUUCCCAAAUCAAUGUCGACGAGGAUGGCGCCGGAGUGGCCUGCAACCGCCGCAGCGGUAAGCGCCUCCGCGCACGGACCCAUGCCAGCGAGGAGGGCGACGGCAGCUCGCCGGAGCCGCCUGCCUCCCUGCCGGACAGCGAAGAUAUGGUCCGGGAGAUCCUCCUCCGCCUCCCCCUUGACCUAUACUCUCUUCCCCGCGCCUCCGCCGUGUGCAAGCAGUGGCGAUGCAUCCUCGCCGACCCCAAGUUCCUCCGCCGGUUCUACGCGCACCACCGCAAGCCACCCCUCCUUGGCUUCUUCCAUUACGGCAGCACACCGAUCACGUUCACGCCCGUCCUGGCCCCUGCUCCCGACCGCAUCACCCCUGGGCGCUUCUCCCUUGGACACUACAGCAACCGCAUCCUGAUUGAUUCCCGCCACGGCCGCGUCCUCGUCUUAGGUCCUCAUCAAGAGGUCGUCGUUUGUGACCCUAUCACCAGCAAACAUCACCGAGUGCCCAUUCCGCCCGAGUUCAACGGACGCUUCUUUAACGCGACAGUGCUUUGUGCUGCUAGCGAGCAGGGCCAUGUGCACGGCAGCUGCCACUUAUGCCCCUUCAAGGUGGUCUUGGUGUCCUACAGAGAGAAUAAGCACCCCUAUGCAUGCGUUUACUCCUCGGAGACUGCCACAUGGGGCAAUGUCAUCUCAACAGUAGCUUCAGAUGAUACAACAUUUGGUCCUUGUUGUAGCACCCUUGUAGAUAAUGUCCUUUACUGGCCAGCUAAGAAAAAAGGAGAUGACAUAGUUGAGUUUGAUUUGGGCACGCAGAACCUUAAUGUUAUCAAGGGGCCUCCAUGUAUGAAUAUGAAUGAUUUCGACAACUUUCAUAUCAUUGACGCAGAGGAUGGCGCCGUUGGUCUUGUGGCUUUGUCUCGCCAGCUUAACCUUCAAAUGUGGCGGAGGAGGGUCGAUUGUCGGGGUGUUACCACAUGGUUGUUGCAGAAGUCUGUUUCAUUGGGUGAACUUCUUAAGAUCCCUUCUUGGACUAUGAGAAGGAUUGAACCGCUCAAAGUGGUGGGUUAUGAUGAGGAUACCGAUGUAAUCUUUUUAGAGAGUCACGAUGGUGUGUAUAUGGUUCAGCCAAAGUCAAUGCAAGCCAGGAAACUUAAUGGAAUCAGCUCUACAUAUUACUGCUAUACUUUAGCGAGUCUCUGGAGAGAUCCCUACUCGGCUCACCGGUGCUGGCAGCGACGGCGCCCGCGGGUGUCGUUUUCCUCCAUGGAGGCGCUGCCAAGGCCUUCUUCAGCUGCGCCCCUCUUCGAGCUCAGGGGAAACCCUAGGGUCCGACUGCUUGGGUGCCGCCACGGUCGUGUUCUCAUCAUGCUCACAUUGCAGCAGGAGCUUAUUGUCAUUGCCCCCAUGACGGGCGAGGAGUGCCGUGUGUCCAUUCCACCGCAGUUCAAUAAACGGUAUGUCAACGGGGCGGUGCUCUGUGCUGCUACUGAUCGCGACCAUGUGCACAGAAACUGCCACUUGAGCCCAUUCAAGGUGGUCUUGCUAUCCACGAGCACCUACUAUAGUGGUCCACAACUCAUCUUAGCAUCUGUUUACUCUUCGAAGGCUGGCAUAUGGGGCGACGUCGUCUCAACUCCGACUCCAUGUGAGCUUCCUGGUGGCGGUACUCAUGGGUCACUAGUUGGUAAUGCACUUUACUGGUUGUGUAGAGAUUACAUGAUUGAGUUUGAUUUGGAUGGGCACAUCCUAGCUUUGAUCAGUGCUCCUCCCACUAUAGAUGAGGCACGUCACUUUUUUGACAUGCGUGAGGUCAUCCAGAUCAUGGAUGGCGCUGUUGGUAUCGCUAUAUUGCCUCACUAUUACCAUAACAUUCAAAUGUGGCAAAGGAAGGUCAAUUGUCAAGGUGUUACCAAAUGGGUGUUGUGGAAGACCAUUGACAUGCAUAAAAUUGAUGGGAUCCCCCCUGGGGUUAAAGGAGAGAGGCCAGGGUUAUUAUUUAGACUGAGAUAUGCUGAGGAUACUGAUGAAAUAUUUCUAUAUGUGGGCCACAAUGUAUAUAUAGUUCAACUGAAGUCAAUGCAAUCGAAGAAACUUUGUGAAACCCAGUAUGUUAGUGCUCAUCAUUCUUUCAAGAGUUUCUAUAUGCCAGGCACCACCAUUGUUAGUGGAUGUGAUGGAGCUGAAAUGUUGCGCCAUACAUAG